AUGGCCGAGGAAAUCUCCAUCGACAAGAACGCUUUCCACGACCGCCUGUCGUCUUUCAUCUCGCAAUGGAAGGCCGACAAGCGCUCCGGCGAUGCCGUCUUCAACGGUGCCAGCUCCAUCGUCAUCAUGGUCGGCAAGGCAAACGAUGCCCAGGCCUAUCCUAAAAACGUCGCUUUCCAGCUUUGGCUGCUAGGCUACGAGUUCCCCACCACGCUCUUCGUCAUCACCCAGGAAUCCAUCCAUAUCGUAACCACGAAGAAGAAAGCUGCCUACCUGGAGCCGCUCAAGGGUGGCAAGGUCCCGGUCGAACUCCACAUUCGUGGCAAGGAUGCCGAAGAGAACGCCAAGCAAUUCCAGCAGUGUCUGGAGGGAAUGAAGGCUGCCGGCAAGAAAGUUGGUGUGCUGACCAAGGAUCAAUCGACCGGUCCAUUCGUUGAGGAAUGGAAGAAGUCCUACGGGGACAUCUUCAAGGACGCCGAGGAGGUCGACUGUGCGCUCGCUCUUUCUAGUGCUGCCUUGUCCGUCAAAGACGAGAAAGAGCUGAGGGCCAUUCGCGAUGCCUCGAAAGCGUCGAGCGGUAUUGCUAACUACUUCGUCGAUGAAAUGUCCGAAAUCCUCGAUGCCGAGAAGAAGAUCACCCACCAAGCCCUGGCCGACCGCGUUUCCAGCAAGCUUGACGACUCCAAAUUCUUCCAGAAAUUAAAGGUCUCGAACAACUUCGAUCCCAUGAAUCUGGAUUGGAGCUUCCAGCCCGUGGUGCAGAGCGGUGGCAACUACGAUCUUAAGUUUUCGGCGGACUCGGACAAGAACAACCUCCACGCAGGUGUCAUUGUGGCGGCCCUGGGCCUUCGAUACCAGAGCUACUCUUCGAUGAUUGCCCGGACCUAUAUGGUGGACCCGAACAAGUCGCAGGAAGCGAACUACAAGCUUCUGUCUCAGGUCCACCAGACCGUGCUGAGCAGCAUCAAGGAUGGCGUUCAGGCGAAAGAAGUCUACGCCAAGGCCAUCGGUUUGGUGAAGUCCAAGAAGCAGGACCUGGACAAACACUUCCCCAAAAAUGUGGGCGGUGGAAUUGGCAUCGAGAUCAAGGAUCCCACGCUCCUGCUCAAUGCCAAGAACGUCCGUACCUUGAAAGACGGUAUGACUCUGCAGAUCUCUACCAGUUUCAGCGACUUGGUCAACUCGGAGCCUCAGGACAGCAAGAGCAAGAAGUAUUCUCUUAUCAUCACGGACACCGUCCGCGUAACUGCCAGCGACGUGGUCAUCUUCACUAAAGACUCUUCUUCAGACCUGGAGUCAUGCUCUUUCUUCUUCAAGGACGAGGAGGAAGAGAAAGCCUCCAAGCCUAGCAAGGCGAAGAAGGAUCCGCGCGUUGGUGCUGUGGCUUCCUCUAACAUUACGAAGACUCGGCUGCGCCACGAGCGCCAGACCAACCAGAACGCCGAAAAGGAAGAGGCACGGCGCGAGCAUCAAAAGGAACUCCAUGCCAGAAAGCAGCGCGAAGGUCUUGAUACUUACGGUACUGGAACUGGAACUAUAAACGGGACGGCAGAGAAGAAGUUCAAGCGCUUCGAAUCGUACAAGCGUGACAACCAAUUCCCGCCGAGAGUCAAGGACCUGAUCGUUCUUGUCGAUGACAAAAACCUUACUGUCGUUCUUCCUAUCAUGGGACGUCCUGUCCCAUUCCACAUCAACACCAUCAAGAACGCCAGCAACAGCCCAGAAGGUGACUUCACGUCACUCCGUAUCAACUUUCUAUCUCCGGGCCAAGGUGUGGGCAGAAAAGACGACCAGCCCUUCGAAGAUCCGACUGCUCACUUUGUUCGAAGCUUGACUUUCCGUUCGAGGGAUAUUGAUCGUAUGGAGCAGAUUGCCAAGCAGAUCACGGAACUGAAGAAGGAGUCGGUACGCCGCGAGCAGGAAAAGAAGCAGAUGGAAGACGUUGUGGAACAAGACAAGCUCAUCACUGUCAAGAACCGCAAACCUGCCGUGAUCGACAUGAUUUUCGUCCGCCCGGCUCUGGACGGCAAGAGAGUCCCCGGUGCGGUGGAGAUCCACCAGAACGGUCUUCGCUACAACCACGGCAACGGCCAGCAUAUCGAUGUUCUGUUCAGCAACAUCAAGCACUUGUUCUUCCAGCCGUGUCAGCAUGAACUUAUCGUCAUCAUUCACGUGCACCUCAAGAAUCCGAUCAUGAUUGGCAAGAAGAAAGCCAAGGACGUGCAGUUCUACAGAGAAGCUACGGAGAUGCAGUUUGACGAGACGGGCAACCGGAAGCGCAAGCACCGCUAUGGUGAUGAGGAAGAGUUUGAGGCUGAGCAGGAGGAACGCAGGCGGCGCGGUCAGCUCGACAAAGAGUUCAAGGUAUUCGCCGAGAAGAUCGCUGAUGCUGGGCGCAAUGAGAACGUUGGCGUCGACAUCCCUUUCCGCGAGCUGGGUUUCAACGGUGUCCCGUCGCGGUCUAGCGUAUGGAUCCAGCCAACGACAGACUGUCUCGUGCAGCUUACCGAGCCUCCGUUCCUCGUCCUUACUUUGAACGAGAUCGAAGUUGUUCACCUCGAACGUGUCCAGUUCGGGCUAAAGAACUUUGACAUGGUCGUCGUCUUUAAGGAUUUCACGCGGCCGCCGUCUCACGUCAACACAAUUCCGGUUGAGUCUCUCGAUGCAGUCAAGGACUGGCUGGACAGCGUUGAGAUUCCGUUCUCCGAGGGACCGGUCAACCUGAACUGGGCAACCAUCAUGAAGACGGUGCAGGCGGACCCGCAUCAGUUCUUCGUGGAUGGCGGCUGGUCGUUCAUCGCAGCCGACUCAGACGAGGAAGGCGGCGAUGAGAGCGAAGAGGUAGAGAGCAACUUCGAAAUCAGCGACUCGGAGCUUGCCGAGAGCGAGUCGGAGUCGGAGGAGGAGAGCGACUUCGACGAGUAUGCGUCAGACGAGGAGACGGACGCACCAAGCGAUGUCAGCGAGGGCGAGGAUUGGGACGAGCUAGAGAAAAGGGCUAAGAAAAAGGAUCAGGAUGCUGGUAGCGGUUCGGAGGAUGACGAUAGGGGCCAGAGGAAGAGAAAGCGGUAG